AUGGGUAAAAGUCCGCUUUUUGACGAGAUCAAGCGGUUGGCCGCCGAGCGGAUUCUGAUCAUCGACGGUGCCAUGGGAACGAUGAUUCAGAGGGAAUUCAUGGAAGAGGAAGAUUUUUCGUGGAGAGGUUCAUAAAUGGAGUUAUUAAAUAAUAAUAAUGUAAGAUUUUUCAGAUUUUUGAAAGACCACACGAAACCCUUGAAAGGCAACAAUGAUCUUUUGUCGAUUACGAGGCCGGAUAUUAUUUAUAAGGUUUGUUUUUAGGGGAAUUCUUGUGGUUCUUAUUGGAAAAUCGAGGAAAAAUGGAUUUUUUUGAAAAAUAAAGAGAAAAAUCAGCUUCUCUACACACAAAUUGAUACGGGAUUUCAAAAAAAAAAUGUUUGUUAGUCUGGAAAAGUUGCUAGUGGUCACUUAAGAGAGUCCCCGAAGACUACUGGAGACACUAAAGUGGCCACUUAAACCACCCCUAUAGAAGUCAUUAUUUUUCGUCUAAGUGGCCGCUAUGGUAGUUUUAGUGGUCUUGUAGCAGUUAGACUUAUAAAGAGGCCACUAAAUUUAGCCACUUAAGAGGCCACUAAACUUUAAAACCCUGUAGUGGCCACUAAAAAUUUUUUCAGUUUGUAUAGAUUUUUAUGUGAAGCUCCAACCGGGUAAAUCAGUUAGACUUAUAGAGGCCACUAAAUUUAGCCACUUAAGAGGCCACUAAAACGUCAAAACCCUAAAGUGGCCACCAAAAUUUUUCCCAAGUGGAACUGGUUUUUGUGUGCAUCUUCAACCGAGAAAGACAGUGGUUUCCAAAUUUUUCGAUUUUUUUUUCCUUUUUUUUAUUUUGUUUCUCAUUUUAGGUUUGAUUUUAAAGUCUCUAUCCCAAUUUCGAGUUUUUUGUUUCCGAAUUUUUUCAAUUUUUCGGUACCUUUCGAUAAUUUUGACGCUCAAAAGUUGGUAUUUUGUAUUAAAAAACACAACUUUGUAGUUCUCGAAGCCAAAAAAUUCAUGAAACUGCUCGAAAAUCUUGAUUUUCAGUCGGAAUUUUAGAUCCACAAGCUCUACCUGGAAGCCGGUGCUGAUUUUGUCGAAACCAACACCUUUUCUGGGACGACGAUCGCCCAAGCCGACUACGCCUGUGAACAUUUGGUCCACGAGAUCAACUAUCAGUCGGCUUUGGUCGCCCGUCGAGCAGUUGAUGACGUCACGAAGGCGACUGGUGAAUGGACUUUCCGAGAAAAUGGCCUGGAAUGUUUUGGAAGUGGUCAAUCGGGUUCUGAGCAGGAAAAAUGCUUCAGAAGGUUCCCAUAAAGCUGAAAAGUGAACAGGAUGUUCCAUAAGAGGGAGAAUUUUAAGGCAAUUUCUCAAAAUAUUUGGAUUUUGUUGAGGAUUUUAAGGUGGCAGAGGCUUCAGAAAGUCCUUCUAAAGCUUCAAAAUCGACCGAAUUUCUUGAAAACGAAGCAAUUUUAGGACGAUUGUCGAAAUUUUCGAUUUUCUAGGGUUUUCUUACAGUUUUUACUGUGCAAACCUUUCUGUUCCCGGCGCAUUUUGAGCUGUUUUUUUGAUUUCGGUGCAUUUUGAGCAAAAUUCCGAGGUUUUUUUUUGAUUUUCAACAGUUUAAACUUGACUUAUAUCGCCUUUUGAGCCGAUUUUUUGUUUUCGGUGCAUUUUGAGCUAGGUUUCGAGGUUUUCUUUCGAAUUUUAACCGUUUGAACUUGACUUAUAUCGCCUUUUGAGCUGUUUUUUUGAUUUCGGUGCAUUUUGAGCAAAAUUCCGAUGUUUUUUUUUUUGAUUUUCAACAGUUUGAACUUGACUCUUACCGCCUUGUAAGUCGUUUUCCGGAUUUUGGAGCAUUUUGAGCAGAAAUUCCAGAUUUUUUUUUUGAUUCUGAAGAAUUCGACCUUGACUUCGGUUGCAUUUUAAGCUGAUUUCCUGAUUUCGGAGAAUUUUGAGGAAAGUUUCGAUGUUUUAUAUUGAAUUUUAUCAGUUGGAACUCGACUUCGGUCGUACUUUAAGCUGUUUUUCUGAUUUUGGAGCAUUUUUAGCAAAUUUUUGAAGCUUAAUUUUGAAUUGCAAUCGUUUAGCCUUGAUUUCUGUUACGUUUCGAACUACUUUUUUGAUUUUGGAAAAUUUUGAGCAAGAUUUUCAGCUUAAAACUUCAAUUUUGUUAACGUGUAAUUUUUCUUUUCGAACGUUUUGAGCUUGAUUUCAAGUCGAAAAAUUCAAAUUCCAGGUCGCCAACGUUACGUCUGCGGCGCGAUCGGCCCCACCAACAAGACCCUCUCGAUUUCGCCGUCUGUCGAAAAGCCAGACUUCCGUAACGUCAGUGAGUCGAGGCUCGACCACGUCUUCUGAUCAUCUACCGUUCUUCCAGCCUUCCAAGAACUCGUCCAGGCGUAUGGAGACCAGGCCCGUUCCCUGCUUCAAGGCGGUGUCGAUGUUCUCCUGGUUGAGACCGUUUUCGAUUCGGCCAACGCCAAGGCGGCGGUUUUCGCCAUUCGAGGCCUUUUCGAAGACGAGGGUGAACUUUUUUGACUUGUCAAAGUGUCACUGUAGAACGCGUUAAAGUUUGUUCGCUUUAUAAUCUUGAGAAUUACCCAGGAAAUUUUUGUUCCAGCAGUCCUCAUAAACUUUAUAAAGGCUGAAUCAUACGUGGGCUAGCAGCCCAUUUAGCACAUGCGGGCCCCCCGAUCCUUUAAGAAGGGUCGAUAAGUUACAGGAAAUCGGUUUAUUUUAUUCAUUAAGCCUUUUGAAGUUUAUUGAGUGGUGAAAUUAUUGACAAAAUCUUAUACUAGCGCCAAACGGUCGAACAUACUGACGCGAAUCGUAUAAAUCAUGUCCUAAAAACUUCAGAAUGAUAGGUAUCGAUUCAAUUUCUUUUUUUAAAAGUGAAUAUUACACAUAUUACAUGUUCUCACAGAAUUUCAGGCCAAUCGGAAGGGUUUGAAAAUUAGUCAUUUUCCGGCCAUUAGAAAAAAAUCAACUUUUUAUUUUCGCUUUUUUCAGCUCAAAAUCAUUACUCAUCUUGAGAUAAAACCUAAUAACGACGAAUUACUCAAUUUGCAACCUUUUGGAAGCUUUUUUUCAGUCCAAUUACAAGAUUUUUGCGCUUGUGAGAAUAAAUAUCAAUUGGUGGCUUGCGGGCCCCCCGGCCUAACCCGAUUUGCGAAAAAUCGAUCCGAUUUCGAUUUUUAAAAAAAUAAUCAUAAAUCAGAAUCUACAAUCUGGCCAAGUUUCAGGCCGUUUGGAUGAGUUUUUGAGAAAAAAAUGAUUUCUCCGACCUCUCAAAAGUGAUUUUUUGAAGUUUCCAAUUUUUCGGCUCAAAAUCAUUAAUAAUUUCGAGAUAACACCUAAUAACAACAAAAUACUCAAUUUGCAACCUUUUGGAAGCUUUUUCAGUCCAAUUACAAGAUUUUGCGCUUGUGAGAAUAAAGAUCAAUUGGUGGCUUGCGGGCCCCCCCGGCCUAACCCGAUUUGCGAAAAUCGAUCCGAUUUCGAUGUUAAAAAAAAUCAUAAAUCAGAAUCUACGAUCUGGCCAAGUUUCAGGCCGUUUGGAUGAGUUUUGAGAAAAAUGAUUUCUCCGACCUCUCAAAAGUGAUUUUUUGUAUUCUGUUUUUUUUAGAGCUCAGAGUCACCGCUAACUUCAAGGUAACCCUCAACAAAACUUCUUUUUCGCCAUUUUUUGCGUAUUCGUCAACCAGGAUAAGUUUUGUGCGCCCAUCGCUUCUCAUUAUAGCGCUGCGUUGGUUAUAUAAUCUUUUUUUUUCUUGUUAAAUGAAAAAUAUUAAAUCUUCUAUUCUUCUUAAUUUCUUCAUCGAAUGAAUUAUUAUUUUCGAUAUUGCAGUUUGUAAAUUUUUUAAAUUCGUGAUUUUCAAUUUCUUUGUAUCAUUAAAUUUCCAUUUUUUUUAUUGAGUUUAUUUUUUCUUGUCCAUCUGUGGAUAGAAUUGAUUUUUCAAGACGUAUUGGAACUGUUAGUAAAUUUUUAAGCUUAUAUAUCUAUGUCGUCAAGAGAAUGUCGAAAAACGCGUCGGCUUCAGUAUGAACAUAAAAUUGGUCAAUCCUCAUCGUAGUAAACGAAUUAAAAAAUAAGAGCACGUCGGGACGCAAAAAACUUAGCUUGUUGUAAAGAGGUUCAUUCCAGCUUCAAAUUAAAGUUUUUUUCAUCAAAACCUUGCAUAAGACCUUUACGGAGAAAUCAAUUUUGUAUUUCGAUAUUGCUUAUUUGGGAUCGCGGUCUCACAAGCGCAAAAUCUUGUAAUUGGACUGAAAAAGCUUCCAAAAGGUUGCAAAUUGAGUAUUUUGUUGUUAUUAGGGGUUAUCUCAAAAUUAUUAAUGAUUUUGAGCCGAAAAAUUGGAAACUUCAAAAAAUCACUUUUGAGAGGUCGGAGAAAUCAUUUUUCUUAAAACCCAUCCAAACAGCCUGAAACUUGGCCAGAUCGUAGAUUCUGAUUUAUGAUUUUUUUUAACAUCGAAAUCGGAUCGAUUUUCGCAAAUCGGGUUAGGCCGGGGGGGCCCGCAAGCCGCCAAUUGAUAUUUAUUCUCACAAGCGCAAAAUCUUGUAAUUGGACUGAAAAAGCUUCCAAAAGGUUGCAAAUUGAGUAUUUUGUUGUUAUUAGGUGUUAUCUCGAAAUUAUUAAUGAUUUUGAGCUGAAAAAUUGGAAACUUCAAAAAAUCACUUUUGAGAGGUCGGAGAAAUCAUUUUUCUCAAAACUCAUCCAACCGGCCUGAAACUUGGCCAGAUCGUAGAUUCUGAUUUAUGAUUGUUUUCAACUUCAAAAUCGGAUCGAUUUUUGCGAAACGGGAUAGGCCGGAGCCCGCAGGUUAUCAACCGAUAAUCACUUUGACGGCGCGAGACUUAGCUGAAUGUACUACAUAUGGAUCGUAAAUCAAUAAACAUUUGCUAAUUAAUCCAUAACCCAACUUUGAAAAAUAUUUCACAUGAAUAGAUUUUUCUGGAGGGGUACGCUCUUUUCCAAGGGGGGUACGCUCUUUUUCAAGGGGGGCCCGCUCUGACGUCACGAAAAAAUGUGGGUUAGCCCAUGUAUGGGCUGAAUGGACUAUAGUUACGCCUUAUUUUCAAAGGCGCCGCGGGUUUUGAUCCGCUAACUGAUGCGAUUGCAUUGCGAGAAGCGCCAGAUACUCUCGGGCUAUUAAGUGAUCACUUAAGAGGCGUUAACUCUUCUUUAGUGUCCACAUGAAAGGAAAUAAUUUCAUCGCUUUCAAGAUUAUUAGCUUUUGGGAUCUUUCAAGUGAUAUCAAACCUCUUUAGUGGUCCCUUGAAACGAUCUCAGUGUCCGAAUGGUUUAGAGCUCUUAAGUGAUCACUUAAAUGUUUUUAUCGCCUUUACAGUGUUCAUUUUAACGAUUAGGAUGUUAGUCGAUCUUGGAAAACAGUUCUGAGCGAUUUAGUGAUAACUUAAGGGGUCUUAGCGCCUCUGAAUGCACUUGAGUGGUCACUUGAAACAGUCUUAGUGUCCUGACGGUUCAGAGCUCUUAAGUGAUCACUCAAGUUUAUUUUUUGCCUCUUCAGUGUUCAUUUUUCACGAUUAGGACGUUUUGCGAUGUUGGAAAACUGCUUUGAGAGAUUAAGUGAUACCUUAAGUGGUCUUAACGCCUCUGAGAUCUCUUUAGUGAUCACUUAAAUAUUUUUAUUGUCUCCUAAGUGUCCAUUCUGACGUUUAGACUGUUUCGAGAUUUUUCAAGAGAGUUUUGAGUCAUUCAGUGACAACUUAAGUGAUCUAAGCUCCUCUGAGUGGCCAUUUAAAAGAAAAAGAUUCUCACGAAAGCACAACCAGCGUUGGAAAAGUAUGAAAGGUCACACUUUUUGUGUUUUUCCUGUAAAAAAUUUUUUUUUUCGAAAUUAGUGUUCUUAAGGCCUACCAGAAGUGCCAGUUUUCCUAUCGGGAACCAUUGUCGACAUGUCUGGACGUACCUUGUCCGGCCAGACCGGCGAGGCUUUCCUUGUCUCUACUAGACAGGUACCCAAAGGUGUGAUUACCUGGGAAAAAGGUGUAUUUAGGGUCAACCGGUAGCGGUCGGCUUGAACUGUGCCUUGGGAGCCAAGGACAUGCGGCAGUUCAUCGAAUCGAUGGCCAAUUGGUCUGAUCAGCUGAUUCUGUGCUAUCCAAAUGCUGGUAAGGAGUGGUGGAGGGAUUGGGGAAGUAUGGAAAAGACGAAAAUAGGAUGAUUUUCUAGGCCUACCAAACGCCCUGGGCGGCUACGACGAGACCCCGGAAGAGAUGGCCGAUGUCCUGAGGCAAUUCGCCAUGGACGGCCUCGUCAACAUGAUCGGCGGCUGCUGUGGAACAACCCCAGCCCACAUCAAAGCCAUGGCGACCGCCGUCCAAGGAAUCAAGCCGAGAGUCCCCCCGUCAGACCCCCACGUCGGCCUGAUGAUGCUCUCUGGCCUGGAACCCAUGUCCGUCGGACCUCAUACCAACUUCGUCAACAUUGGAGAACGGUGUAAUGUCGCUGGAUCUAGAAGAUUCUGUAACCUCGUCAAGAAUGAGAACUAUGAUGUGAGUUUGGACGGGGCUCUAGGGGGGUCACUAUAGGGGUUUUAUUUAGUGGAGCCUGUAGGGGGCGUGCUAGUUGAAAGGGAGAAGUGACUUAGGAAUUCUAGAGUGGUCUCUAUAGGGGUUUAGGUUAGUAAAGGACAGGCUAGUCGACUUAAAAAGAGGUGAGUGGCUUAGGAACUCCAGAGUGGCCUUUCUAGAGGCCAAGCUUUUAAAAGUGACCCCUAUAGGUGUCUUAGUUACUGGCCACAGUAGGGGACAUGCUAGUUCAUUAUUGUUAAAAAUGAUAAGUGACUUAGGUACCCCAGAGAGGUCCUUUCAGGGGCCAAGCUUUCGUAAGUGGCUCCUAUAGGGGUUUGUGUUAGUGCCAUAGUAGGGACAUGCUGGUCGAUAAUUGUUAAGAAUGAUAAGUGACUUAGAAGCUCCAGAGUGGUCCCUUCAGGGGCCAAGCUUUCGUAAGUGGCUCCUAUAGGGGUUUGUGUUAGUGGCCCCAGUAGGGACAUGCUGGUCGAUUAUUGUUAAAAGGGAACUCCAGAGUGGUCCCUUUAGAGGCAACCUUAGGGCCCUUUAAGGUUCCUCUCUAGGGACUACUUUACGCCUCCUUAUAGCAGCCACUAGAACUUUAAGAAGUGGUCCUUAUAGGGCCUGUUUUUUCCCUAACCCCUAUAGGAACCACUCUGGUGUUCCUCAGAAACUUUAGCGCUAUUAUAUUAUACUCUCUCAUUUUUCCACGCUCUAUGAAGCCGAAGGAGGGAGAAGAGAGAGAGGGUCUAGAGAACGAGAAGAAUUAGGCUCUCUCGUUUUUCUGCGCUCUAUCACUUCUUGAAAGAGGAGGAAAGGAGAAACAGAGAGAGAGAGAGAGGGGGAUUGUGGGAGUUGAAGAGAAUCUAGAGAGCGAUAGAAAUCUCUCUCUCUCUCUCUCAUUUCCCCACGCUCUAUCACUUCUUGAAAGAGGAGGAAAAGAGAAAGGAAGAGGGAUAGUGCGAGCUGAAGAGAACCUAGAGAACGAGAAGAAUUAGACCCUCUCAUUUUCCCACGCUCUCUCUCCUCCUAAAGGCUUGUAUUUUCCCAAUCGCUUCCGGACGUUUUUUGCAUUAAAUAAAGCGUGCUUUUUUCUGAUUUUUGAAGGUUCAAAAUAUAAUUCCAGACCGCGAUCGACGUGGCUAGGACUCAGGUGGAAAGUGGAGCACAGGUAGGAAUUUUUUAACAACUCAAGAAAACGAAAUUUCAAAGAUUCUUGAUGUGAACAUGGAUGACGGUCUACUGGAUGGCCCCUAUGCGAUGGGCAAAUUUUUGAGGCUUAUCUCCUCGGAACCUGACGUUGCCAAGGUUUCACCUGGAAAUAUAUUCCAGGUAGAUAAUGGAUUGAUUAAAGAUCCCGGUUUGUAUCGAUUCGUCCGAUUUCGACGUGAUUAUCUCUGGCUUGGAGUCGAUCCAAGGCAAAUGCGUUGUCAAUUCGAUUUCCCUGAAAGAAGGCGAGGAGAAGUUCAAGGAUCGGGUCGGUUGCAAGGGGGGAAUCAUAGGAAAAUGGGGAGUUUUCAGGCCAGGCUGAUUAAAAGAUAUGGAGCGGCGAUUGUGGUGAUGGCUUUCGAUGAGGAGGGCCAGGCCGCCGAAACCCAGAGGAAGUUCGAUAUCUGCGAGAGGAGUUAUAGGUGAUUAAUGUGAUUAAGCAUAUGAAGAAUGAAGGAAAAAAAAUUUUCUGAAGAAAUUCAAAGUCUUAGGAACUUCAGAGUGGUCCCUAUAGAGCAACCGUAAGAUCUCUUGAAAGUUUCUCACAAGGGACCACUUUACGCCACCCCCUGAAGCUUUAAAAAGUGAAUUUCUAUAGGGCAACCGUAGCCCUUAAGGGUUCUCCUCAUGGUACCACAUUACAUCCACCUGAAGCUUUAUAAAGUGGUCCCUAAAGGGGCUGCAUUUAGUAGCUUCUAGAAGGGACAUUCUAGAUUAAAAAAAAAGAGGAAGCGUCUUUUUCCUGUGAAAAAAAUCAAUAAAUUAACGUUUUUCGAAGGAAAAAUAUGAAAAUGGGAUGGAGUGAUCAAGUUUGUCUUUUCAAUUUUCAAAUUGAACAAAGUAUUUGAAGACCCUAUAGGGGCCACUUUAGCGUUGGUCCCUAUAGGGGUCUUUGAACCUAGGGGCUAAAAGUCAGACCCCAAACCAUUACAGGAUCACCUAAAUUUUACUUUUAUAUGGGCAUUUUUUCUCCUUUAUAGGGGUUUAUUCUCCCCUGACCCCCAUAGGGACCACUCAGGAAUCCCUAAGAUGUUUUUUGAACCAAUAGGUCUUACUAAAUAUUUUUUUAAAACGGCAAGAAUUAGAAGAAAAAAAAAACUCGGUAAAAAGAGAAAUAAAUAGACCCCUAUAGUAAAAUUCAGGUUGCCUGGUCUGGGCGUAAGCUCAAGUGGUCCCUAUAGUUUUAUUCUUAUUUUUCAAAUUGAAUGCUUCUUUCAUAACAAAAUACGAUUAGCAUAUUCCCUGAAUCCCCCUUUGGGAGCUUUGGUGGCCCCUAUAGGGGUUGGUAAAGUGGUCCCUCCAGGGGAACCUUCAAGGGCUCUAGGGACCAUUUUGGAGUUCCUAGUUCAGGCCUUGAUCGCGUAAUGCACGUUUUUCACGUGUUGAGAUUUAGUGGCCCCUAUAGGGGAGCUGAAGGGAUCCUAAGAUUGCCCUUAUAGAGACCACUCUGAAGUUCUUUAGUUCCAACUUGAUAAGAGUCCCAAAAUUUAUUUAAAAAAAUGUGCCAUUUCCAGAAUUCUAACGGAAGAAGUUGGCUUCAACCCGUGCGAUAUCAUUUUCGACCCGAAUAUUUUGACAAUCGCCACGGGAAUGGACGAACAUUCAAACUACGGAAUGUACUUCAUUGAAGCUUGUCGUAUGAUUCGAGUAAAUUCAUGAAAUACAUUAAGGAAAAUAUUCUUAUUGUCUAGGAAAACCUGCCGGGCUGUCACUGUUCGGGAGGCGUCUCCAAUAUUUCCUUCUCGUUCCGAGGAAUGGAGGUAAGAAAAAGAACAUUUUGAAACGAGUUUUCGAAAUUUAUUGAAAGUUGAGAGAUAGUCUGAAGAGUUUAAAAGAAGGUUGAAGAAAAAAAGGAGGGAAAGACAGAUUUUAUUCAAGGUUUUGAGACUUGCUGAAAAAAAAAGUUUUUUGAAAAUUUUUAAGGUAACAAAAAAGCCAUUGCAAUUUUUCCGAAAUUCGCUUCAUUGAGAAUUCGGAUAAAUGGCUCUGUUUGACGGCAGAUACUGGGUUAUCCAUGGAGCGCAAGUGUCUACAUUUUUGAGGCUCUUUUGGAGAUCAUUCUCACUGUCAUCCUUUGCAUUCAUUUGUUCGGCAGAAAGCGGAAAACUUUUGGUAUCAGCGCUAAUUUUAGUUGAUUUUGUUUCCUUUUUUAAGAAUUAUCACUAUUAUACUUCAAAAAAAUGAAUAGUUUUACUUUGAUGGAUAGAUUAUCCAUGGAGCGUAAAUGCGUCUAAAUUUUCGAGGCUCUUUUUGGAGAUAAUUUUCCCGGUUUUUACUUUUGUUAUAAUUUAUUUUUAAAAAGGCUGAAAAUUAUGGAAAAAGUGGCUGUUUUACUGAUUUUUGUUCCCUUUUUCAUGAAUUUUCACUAGUUCAACUUCAAAAAAAUGCAUUCAAAAACUUCGAAAAAAUCAUAGUUUGACUUUAAAAAAUAGAUUGUCCAUGGAGCGGAAGUGUCUUAAUUUUUGAGGCUAUUUUCGAAGAACAUUUUUAUUUUUUUUUCUGUUGCAAAUAAUUUUUUUCAAAAGACUGAAAUUAUGGAAAAGUUGCUAUUUUAGUGAUUUUGUUCCGUUUCCAAGAAUUUUCAUUUGUAAUCUCCUAAAAAUGAAUAGUUUGAUUUUUAUAUGGUCGAUUAUCCAUGGAGCGUAAGUGUCUCAAUUUUUCGAGGCUCUUUUUGAAAAAUUUUCAAUGUCUUCUUUGUAAUAAUUUCUAUUCAAAAGGCAGAAAACAACUCAUACCAGCGCUAUUUUCAGUGAUUUUGUUUCCUUUCUCAAUAUCUCUCAUUAUAAAAUCGAAUAAAGUACGAUUUUUGAGGCCCUCCGUGAGGCGAUGCACUCGGUUUUCCUGUACCACGCGAUCAACGCCGGCCUCGACAUGGGAAUCGUCAAUGCUGGCGCGUUGCCAGUUUAUGAAGACAUUGAAAAAGUUGGCAAUCAGCCAUGGAAAACCCUAUAACGUCGUGAUUUUGAGGGCCUCCUCCAAAUGAUCGAAGAUUUGCUUUUCAACCGGGAUCCCGAAGCGACGGAGAAGCUUCUCGUCGUCGCCCAACAGAUGAAGAAAGGCGACAAAAAGGGCAACGACAAGGAGGAGGAAUGGAGGACUUUCACGGUCGAAGAACGCCUGAAAUACGCCCUCGUCAAGGUUAAUACGUUUCAGAGGAUAUUCAUAAUGAGAAGGAUCAAAAAGUUUUAUUACUUUGUUUUUUUCCUUAGAUAUUAAAGCUUGAAAUUCCUUUAUCUCGAUUUAAUGACGUUUUCAAAGAAGAUUGAAGAAACAAUUUCACUGCAAGUCAUUUUUUAGGUUCAGGAGCAUUGCGGGAAAUAACUUUUAAUUUUUUUCAAGGCCCAAAUUCGAAUCGUACGCUAUUAUUUCCAAAGAAAGUUAUGAUAUGAAGCUCGGAUUUUUCUCUGAUUCCAUAUAACUCAAAGUUUUCCAUGUCAUUUGACCCGGGCUGACCCGUUUGAUUAGCAGUAAUGCCCUGGGUUGACCAGACACAAGAAGCGGUGUCAAAAGAGCCAUUUUUCCGUAUAUUUUGUACAGCAGCUUCUUUUUUUCUCAUUUCAACCUCGGCGGGUCAGGUCUACCGGGAGCGCGUCGGGUCGACCCGGGGCGGCAUCUCUAAUUUUGAAGUUCGAGCUAAAUUUUUCUCAGAGGGUUAUCAUUUUUGUGGUUAAGAUACGUAAGAAAGUCAUAGCAAUACGCAAAGGCAUCUGAAGGAAAUGUUGAUCAGACGGGUCUCCUCGGGCUGACCCGUUCCAUCAGCGGCUGCGCUCCGGGCUGACCCGCUUAUUCCGAAAUUCGAACUGAUUUUUUAAGAGGCUUAAGAAGCUUGGCAGGGCGCCCCGGGCUGACCCUUCUCAUCAUUAGCAAUGUCCCGGGCUGACCCGAACCGCGACAAUUUGUCAAAAGAGCCAUUUUUCCGAAUUUUCUGAACGACUUGUUGUUCCUUCCUUUCAAGGUGAUGGAUCGGGUCUACCCGGGGGCGGCUAAGGUCAACCCGGGGCGGCAGCUCUGAUUUUGAAGUUAGAAAGGACCUUUUCAGUGAGUAGACCUUUUUGGUUGAAAAUACGCAAGAAGCUCGUAGCAAUAAACAACAAAUUCUGAAAGAACUGUUGACGACACGGGUCGCCCCGGGCAAACCCGUCGCAUCAGGAGCAACGCUUCGGGCUGACCCGAAAUGAGACACAUUGUCAAAAAGAGCCGUUUUUUUCCGUAUUUCUUCACCAGCUUGUUGUUCCUCAUUUUUUAACUUUGCCCGUAGGGUCUACCCGGGGCGCCCGCCUAAAUCCCGCAGACAGCCUUAAUUCUGAAAUUCGAAUUGAAUUUUUUUAGGAGCUGUAGACACCGAAGAGGCUUUUUGAUAAGUAAUACGAAAAAAUAUAUGAAACAGCUGCUGGUGUGACGGGGCGCCGCGGGCUGACCCGACAAAAGAGCCAUUUUUUCGAUUUUUUUUUUCACCAGCUUGUUGUUUCUCAUUUUUCACUUUGCUUGUAGGGUCAGCCCGGGGCGGCCCUUUAGCAGAUCUGAUCCUGAAGUUCGAACCAAAUUUUUCAGGGAGUUGACACCUUCGUGGUGGAAGACACGGAAGAAGCCCGUAGCAAUACGCAAAGAUACCCAAGACCUUUGAACGUGAUCGAAAGACCUUUGAUGGACGGAAUGUCGGUCGUUGGAGAGCUUUUCGGAAGCGGAAAAAUGUUCUUACCCCAGGUUUCGAGCCGAGAAUUCCGUUUAAAUAAGGGGAUUUUUCAAGGUAAUCAAAUCGGCUCGUGUGAUGAAAAAAGCCGUCGCCCAUUUGAUCCCAUUCAUGGACAGGGAGAGGGAAGAGAACAUCGCCAAGAUGGGCAUCGCCGAGGAUCAGGUGAUUUUUAGGAAGCUUGGAAUGAAGCUUCGGAGUGGUCCCUUCAGGGGUUAGGAUAAAAACAGCUUUUAGAGAAGACAAAAUAGUGCACCUUAUAAGGGCAAAAACUCCAGAAAAAUAAGUUUUUCAUUUGAAAACAUUUUUGAUAGUUUCACCUUUAUUUGUGUAGACUUAGGUACGCUAGAGUGACUUAAUUAGGAAAAAGUGUAUUUUACGGACGUCAGAGUGGUCCCUAGAGGGGUUGGGGGGAAAAAGCUUGUACAGAAGGCAAAAUAGUGCUUCUAUAGGGGUAAAGUUUAGGUGGUCUCUUUAGGGAUUUAGGUUUUCAAAUAGUCUUCUGAAGCCUUGAAUUAAUUUUUGACUUUCUUACUAAUUCUAUAAUGGAACCAGUAUGAUUUGAUGGCCUUCAGGUCUCUGAUUUUCAGAAAAAAAAUUUUUUUUUGCUUUUUUAAAACUUAAAAAAUAAUGUAAAAGCGGUUUUUUAAGGGUUUGAAGCUACAGAAAUUGGAAAAAAAAGACUUUUAGAGGGAAAUUUUUUUUUUCCUGGAAUCAGAAGGUCCUAGACUACGUUUAAGCCGAGUUUCAUCAAGCUCAAUCAAGGAAAAAACCAAAAAAGUCCUCUUGUUCAAAUAAUUCAGCUUUUUCCGUUUUCAGAGUCCCUACCAGGGAACUGUAGUCAUUGCGACGGUUAAAGGCGACGUUCACGAUAUCGGCAAGAAUAUUGUGGCCGUCGUUCUCGGCUGCAACAACUUCAAAGUCGUCGAUCUGGGGGUGAUGACCCCCUGUGAGAAUAUUAUCAAGGCGGCGAUCGAGGAAAAAGCUGGUGAGUUUAGUUGUGUAAGGAACUUUAGGGUUUUUUAAGGAUUUUUAGGGUUUUUUUUGUAGGAGCUUUAAGGAUUUUUCGAAGGAAGUUUAGGGAUUUUUUGAAGAAACUGUUUAAAAAUAACAUAUUCAUUGAGGAGCAAGAACAGAAUAAAAUGUAAAAAGAGGGGGAAAAAAAAUGGUAGAUUAAAAUCAAAAAAGUUCAUUUUGAAAGUUGAGAAUAGUGUAGACCAUAAAAAAAAAAUGCGUAAUUUAGGUAAAUUAAGCAUUUUUCAUUGUUGAGUUGAGUCAAUGUACCUGUGAUUUUGGGUCCGUUUACCUGUCCGAAGAUUUUUUUUCCUGUAAUUUUGACAUUUUUAAAAGUUGAUACAAGCCUUGUUACCUGUUCAAUUGGUUUUUUCACCUUUUAUUAUGAGCUUAACCUCUUCAGUUGGAUUUUUAGCUUGAGGCCGUAGAUUUUUCGCAUUUUCCUGGAAAUAGAUUUUUUUUAAAUGUAAUGAGGUUCUACAAGAUAAGGAAGAAAAAUUCCAAUGCGAAAAAAAAAUUAGUUGAAGUGAUUUUCAAGCUUCGGGAGAACUGUGAGGAAUCAUUUUCUACUUUAUUUUUUCGAAUUUUAGCCUUUUUUAUUCGUUUUAUGACUUUUUUAAGCUUUACUCAAUACAUUUUUUUUUCCAAAAACAAAAAUUUCCCGUGCUUUUUAUAACCUCUAUGAUCUUCUUUCCUCAAACUUGGCCUUUUUUUCGUACUUUUUCAAGUUUUCCAGACUUUAUCGGCCUCUCCGGCCUCAUCACCCCGUCUCUGGAUGAAAUGGUCCACGUUGCCAAGGAAAUGACGAGACAUGGAAUGAGUAUUCCACUCCUUAUUGGUGAUUAGAAAAAAAAGUCAUGUGAAUUUCUUAUUUUUGAGGCGGAGCAACGACGUCGAAAACCCACACGGCCGUCAAAAUUUGUCCAAGAUACGCCCAUCCAGUCGUUCAUUGCCUUGACGCUUCGAAAUCCGUCGUCGUGGUAAUAUUUUGACCUUUUUAGGGCUUCAGAGCAAGUUUUUUUGGUCCAAAGGAUAGUAAAAUUGAUAGGCAUGACCGGCAAUUGAACUGUCUUCAUUUGGAAAAAUAUUCUGAAUUUUAUCCGACUUUUUUUUCUUAUGAAAGAAAUGAUAUGUCCGUUUUUCGCGACUCUCUGCGCCCUCCUCGUCUUUCGGCGACCCUCUCACGUUAACGUGCUCUUUUCAUGUUUCUCUGACCUCGCCGGUGGGGGAACAGAGAGACACAGACAUGCGAAAACUGUGGAGAACAGAGAGACGCAGACAUGCGAAAACUGUGGGGAACAGAGAGACGCAGACAUGCGAGAACUGUGGGGAAGAGAGAGACGCAGACAUGCAAAACCGCCUUUUUCUCAAUUUUCCCUUAUAUAUCAUCUUCAAGAUUUUCCCUUCAGUGCUCAUCAUUAUCCGAUGAAACGGUCCGGGAUGCUUUUCUACAGGAUAUUAAUGAAGAUUAUGAGGAGGUUUCAAAGAAAUAUUUGGACUAGGUUGAUUUUUCCAGUUCCAGGUCCGACAAGAACACUACGAAUCACUGAAAGAACGACGUUUCACGGCCAUCGAGACCGCCCGGAAAAAGCAGUUUACCAUCAAUUGGAAUGACUUCAAAGCUGGUAAGGAAGGGAAUAGCUAGGCGCGUCGCGGUCGCGGAGCGGUUUCCUCAAGUCACAUUUUUAGAGAAAUGAAGAAAAGUCGCUUAAGGUGCUGCCAAAGUGCGACGCGACCGCCGUGCUUUGAGCCAUUCCAAGUGCGAUCAUGACUGCUUAGUUAACCUUGACGCGUUGCGGUCGCGAAGCGGCUACAUAGCGGCAAGUACUUGCGUGCUGAUAUACACAAUGGGGCGCGUAAAAUAAAUCAGAACUUGGUCCUAAGGGCAAAAAAACCGCACGGUCGCAGCAUUUUAGCCAUUCCAAGUCAUUUCUGACGCGUCGCGGUCGCGGAGCGGCAAGCGCUUGCGUGCUAAUAUAUACAAUGGCGUAUCCGGCAGGGAAGUCGCUCAAGGUCGGGUGCAGAAAAGUAAUUUCACUGUACUUGAAGAACCGCAACGCGACCGCCACGCUUGGAGCCAUUCCAAGUGCGACCAUGGGUGCUAAAAUUAUACUGACGCGUCGCGGUCGCUAAGCGGUAUUUUCAAUAACUGAAGCUCUACGGUAACAUUACUGUGAAAGGAAGGAAAAGCGUUAAAAAUCGGGCGAAAAAAAUUUUUAAUGCACGUAAAUGCCGCAACACGACCGCCACGCUUUGAGCCAUUCCAAGAGCGACCAUGAGUAGUGAAUUAAUCUUGAAGCGUCGCGGUCGCGAAGCGGUUGCCUUAAGAAAAAAAUAUUGGGCGCGACAACAUGUUGUAGCAUAGAGAAAUGAGAAGCCGCUCAAGGUCCGGCGCAAAAAAACUCAGAACUUUACUUUGAGCCCAAAAAAGUCAUACGGUGGCAAUGUUUCAGCCAUUUCAAGUGCGACCACGAAGCGGUUUUCUUCAGAAAUGCCAGUAUUAACGCGCGGCUGCAUCUUGUAGCAUGGAGAGAUGAAAAGCUGCUCUAGGUCCGGCGUAAUAAAAUUCCAAAUUUCAAUUGUUUUUAAACAGAAGCGCGACCGCAACGCCUCUGAAAGACAUUUUCACCACCGCAAGAUUUUUUUUCUUCAAUAUUUUUUCCAGUGAAGCCAACGUUCCUCGGCCGACGUGAGAUCCGAGAUUUCGAGCUGGCUGAACUCGUCGAUUACAUCGACUGGAAGCCGUUCUUCGACGUCUGGCAACUCCGUGGAAAAUACCCGAAUCGAGCAUAUCCCAAAAUUUUCAACGACGAACAAGUUGGGCCCGAAGCCAAGCGGGUUUUCGAUGUUGGUUUGGGAAAAUGAAGAAAAUCAUUAAUAAAGUUUGAAGUAAUCAGGGCUAUGAGCCAAAAAUCACCAAUUAAAAACAGAAAAAGUUUAAAGGCGCAUGGCCGCGAUACUGUAUUUUCGUGCUGUGACCUUUUGAUUUACCUUACAUCUACGCUACGAAUCCUGUCAGGAAAAAUCGUGUUCCCUUGCUUAGAAAUAUAAAUUUGAUGAAUUUCCAGGCUCAGAGGGAUUCAUAGAGAAUAGUUCUGACUAGGUUUAAGAUUUUUUCAGAACUAAAAUUUUAAAAAAUCAAAAUUUUUUAACCUAAAGGAGCCCUUCAGGACGCUCUAACGUGGCUGAAAAAAAUCAUCGACGAGAAAAUUCUGAAGGCUCACGCGGUCGUCGCCUUCCAUGAAGCCGGAGCCAAAGGCGAUGAUAUCGAUGUUGGCCCUACAGAUAAUUCCAAGUGAUCACUAGAGGGAUUCAGAUAUUUGACGAGGACGGCGCCAAAAUCGGCACUUUCUACGGUUUGAGGCAGCAAAGUGGCCGCGAACACGAUCAACAGCACUUCUGCCUCAGCGACUUCAUUCAGCCCCUUUCUGCAAAUGGUUUUUUAUUGUAGAGGGGCUUGGGACCAUUUUUGAUAGGCUCUCCAUGCGCCUUUAAUUAAAAUUGAGAACCGAAAGAAAAAGAAAUGAGAAACUACAUGGAAACUUGAUAAAAGAUUCGAAAUUGAUUCAAAAAAGAUUAAAGGCGCAUCGAGACAGUUUCAAAAAGGUCCUGAUGCGUUUAUCUUUUUUCGCAUAAGUUAUAGGCAAUUUUAGGUCGACCAAGCGACUACCUGGGCAUGUUCGCCUGCACAGCUGGUCUCGGCGUCGAGGAUUACUGUAAGAAGCUAGAAACAGAGGAUCAUGACGACUAUGCGAGUAUCAUGGUCAAGGUGGGUCUUGCAGCGAAAAAAGGGUUAUGGUGGAUUUUUAAAGGCGCAUAGGCAUGCCUCAAUCCAUUAUGUUCCUUUAAAAAAUCUGAAAGUUGUUCUUCCUCCUGAAACUGCGAAAAAAUCCCUAUCAAGCUCGCUUAGGGGAACUCUAUCAAGUCCUUAGUUUAAAGGCGCAUGGGCGUGACACGAUACUGUAUUUUCGUGUCGGGACCUCGUGGCUCUUUUUUUUUUCUUCGCUUCAAAGGUUCUAGCAAGCGGAAUCAGCUUAUUUUUUCUGAAAAGACAAAAAUCGACAUUAUUUCAGGCACUGGCCGAUCGAUUGGCCGAAGCUUUUGCUGAGUGGUUGCACAAGGAAGUCAGGACGAACCUUUGGGGCUAUUCCACCGAUGAGGUUGCUCUUUUUUCCAUUUCAGAAGGUGUCAAAAGAGCUAAGCUGAACGACCAGGUCUCUAGGGAAUCAAAGAAGGAUUUUCAAGGGUUUGGUGAUAAACUGAGCUCAACAGGAACCAUUAGAAGCUAGGAAUGGCCUAAAAUUUCCAGGUUCUAACAACUUUUUUGUACUUUUAGAAAUAGAGAACUUGUCAAUUUAAACCAAAGUUUUGAGAAAAAAUAAUUCAAAGUCGGAGAAAGGAAAGUUUGAGUUCCCGCAAAAAGGGCACUUUGCAGUAAAGUUGCUCUAUGGACAACACGCUUCACUAUCUUCCAUAUUUUCGCUUUUUUCUUCGUUUCUUUCAAUUUAAAAUUUUUUCUGCUGUCACCAAAGUUCUUUUCGUCACAAAAACUUUCUAUUCAUGUACAGUUUACAACUUUAAUCGCAAAAAUGCGUUUCUGGUGAAAAAUGAUGAUUUUACACUGGUUUCGAUUGGGAUUGCGGUUUUUUGUGUUUCCUUUAUUACCGAUGUGUUUUUUUUUGUUUUCUUAAUCGAUUUUUCAGAGUAGAAAUUUUUUAUUUGAAGCCGAUGUUCAGUUAUUUCUCACAAAACGCGAGUCUAAUGAGACGUCCGCAACAUCGCGUGCACGGCUACUGUAAACAUUUGUCUGUAUACCGAUCCAAAGCUUUUUUCAAAAACGAAGGCGGGAAAGUAAAAUCGCGUUUUUCUUCUAAAGUUGUCACUUCUUUAAUUUUUUCGAGUUCACCAUUCGAUUCGCAAAGAAAAACUGUAUAAGAUACUGCGCUCACCUGAAACCCCAUUUUUACUGCCCCUAUGCCUUUAAGUCAAGUUUAGCAGGCUCCUCUAUUAUUUAAGCUUCUGACUACUCCGGAAAGUUCAUUUGCGUUUAAAGGCGCAUGGGCGUGGUCUCAAACUGGCUUCUCCUUUUGAGACCACUGGAAAUCUUCCUUCGCGCCUUUAAGCUGCCUAGUUUCAGCGGCCACUUUAAGUCUAUGACGUUUAAGUGGCCAUUAUAGUAGUCGAAUUAGUGGCCACUUGAGAGGCCGAAAUUUAGUGGCCCCUUCAGAAGUCUUCUAAGUGGUACUGCUACUCCACUAAGAACCACUAUAGUGGGCACCGAGGAGCAAAAGCGCCUUCUAUAGAGAAGGUUUAAAAGCCACUUUAGUGUCCUCUCCGAGUAGUUCUUGAGGAACCUCUCUAAGAGCUAGAGUUUAUCCAGAAAGCUAAAACCUUCGAUGCAAGCGCAUAAAAUUGAACUUUUUCAGGUCCUCACAACCAGCGACCUGCUCUCCAUAAAGUACGAUGGGAUUCGGCCGGCUUGCGGCUAUCCUUCGCAGCCGGACCACACCGAAAAAAGGACUCUCUGGGGCGUCCUGAAGGCCGAGGAAUGCGGCAUCGAACUGACUGAGCACUUGGCGAUGCUUCCCGCCGCCUCCGUCUCUGGCCUAUUCUUCGCCAACCCCCAGAGCCAGUACUUUGCCGUCGGAAAGAUCGAUGUUGAUCAGGUGAAUUCGCAAGAAACUAGGGGAAAAACGAAAUUUUUGGCCUCUUUCUGAGUUGGCACUUCAAGUGGUAUUUUAAGAAAGAUAUUGAGCCCUUAAGGGACCUCUUAGUUGUUCCAGGGAGUAUCUCUUAGAUGUUCCAGGGAGUAUUAGAAGACAUGUAAGCCGAGUAGCUCUUAAGGGAUUCAAGAGAGCUAAGAGAUCAUACAAGGGAUUAAAAGAAAUUCAGGUAGCUCUCAAGUGACCUCUUAGCCUUCAAGGGAGGUAAGAAGUCAUAUAGGGGAUCAAAAAACAAUCAGUUAGCUCUUAAGUGACCUCCUAGCUUUCAAGGGAGGUAAGAAGUCCCAUAGGGGAUUAGAAAACAAUCAGGUAGCUCUUAAGUGACCUCUUAGCCUUCAAGGGAGGUAAGAAGUCAUACAGGGGAUCAAAAAACAAUCAGUUAGCUCUUAAGUGACCUCUUAGCUUUCAAGGGAGGUAAGAAGUCCCAUAGGGGAUUAGAAAACAAUCAGGUAGCUCUUAAGUGACCUCUCAGCCGGUCAAAGGCAUUGAGGAGUUUGAGAAACGCUUUUAACGACUUCUUAACUUUUUGAAAUAGUGAGAGUUCGUGUAGAUGUUAGGAGAUUUUUAUUUGGCUCUUAAGUGAUCACUCAGACUGAUAGACGGCUGCUGAGGUUCCCCUCAAGUGGCCUCUCAGAGGGCUGAAAGGUUCCGUACUUGUUUAAGAAAUAAUUCCUCUCAAGUUAUCGCCUAUAUCAUUGUAAAUGGUCACUUAAGUCGACUCUUAGCCUUUCGGACAGCUGAGGUUUCCCUUAAGUGGCGUCUCAGCCUUUAGAAUCCUUUUUAUCAUAUGAAUAUUCAGAAGGAAGAUUACCCCCUGUUUUUUGAAUUAGUCAUAAUUUUUCAUUCAGGUUGCUGAAGUGAUUGCUUAAGGGGAAAUUUUUUGAGAAUGUUUUUAACUGUCUCCUUAAGUUGUCACUCCUGAUUUCUGUAAGGUUCACUCUGGGAUACAGAAUAUGAGUCGCGGAGAAAUUUUUCAACUGCAUUUUAUCCAGAUAAAUCGAAUAGUUAUCAAUUAUUCCAGGUAAUCGAUUACGCGAAUCGCAAAGGAGUCCCUCAAGAGAACGUCGAACGAUGGUUGGCGCCAAACCUUGGAUAUGACGUUGAUUAA